AUGGGGGAACAGGGAUCCCGGUUUGAAAGCUUCAUGCGGCGGACCAAUCGGGGUAUAAGUAUUUCAAGUGUGCAGAUUAGCGACAAAACUUCAAAUAUCAAGGAGGAUUUGAACCGACACUUGCAUACGACACUAUCAAAGGACUUUUACGUGGCAAAUAUUAAGGACUAUUACCUGGCUUUAGCCCACACGGUAUGGGAACGACUGAGUACAAGGUGGUUGAGGACCCAUCAACAACAGUACCUGAGUGACCCAAAGAGAGUAUACUAUCUUUCACUGGAAUUUUAUAUGGGACGUUCCCUGGCGAACGCCAUGAUGAAUCUUGGAAUCUCAGACAGUGUUACACAAGCGCUAUAUGACUUCGGACUCUCAUUGGAAGAGUUGGAGGAGUACGAAUCAGAUGCUGGUCUUGGUAACGGGGGUCUCGGACGUCUUGCGGCAUGCUUCCUUGACUCAAUGGUGAACUUGAACUUGGCCGCCACGGGCUAUGGAAUACGUUACGAUUACGGCGUGUUUGAGCAAAGAAUUGUCAAUGGUUGGCAAGUCGAAGAGCCAGAUGACUGGUUGCGCUACGGUAAUCCGUGGGAGAUAGCACGAUUGGAGUUAUCACAAAGUGUGAACUUCUACGGUCACGUGGAAAUCGAUUCCUUCGGACGCCGCCACUGGGUCGAUUGUCAGACCCUUCACGCAGUUCCUUAUGACACACCUGUCCCGGGCUACCUGACGAACACCUGCAAUUCACUGCGUUUGUGGGCUGCUCGAGCCCCCAGAAACUUUGAUUUUUCCAUUUUCAACACUGGUGAUUACAUCAACGCUGUUUGCGAUCGUAACGUGGCGGAGAAUGUGUCCCGAGUGCUUUAUCCAAACGACAACUGCUUCGAGGGUAAAGAGCUCCGAUUGAAGCAGGAAUACAUGCUUGUGUCGGCUACCCUUCAGGAUAUCCUGCGACGUUUCCAGCUAAUUGAUGACAAUGGACCACAGCGGAUGGAUUACAACCGCCUUCCAGACAAGGUUGCCAUACAGCUGAAUGACACACAUCCAUCUUUAGCCAUCCCCGAACUGAUGCGAAUACUGGUUGAUAUCGCAGGUUUGGAUUGGUACAAGUCCUGGGAUAUCGUCGUUCGCAUAUUUGCCUACACCAAUCAUACUAUCCUCCCUGAGGCAUUGGAACGCUGGCCUGUGGAAAUGAUGAAAAAGCUUCUGCCACGGCACAUGGAAAUUAUUUACAAAGUCAAUUAUGAUUUCCUAGAGAUGGUCUCGAAACGCUAUCCAAAAGAUUUGGAAAGACUUCGUCGCAUGUCGAUUAUUGAAGAAGAGCCCGUGAAAGCUGUCAACACGGCCUUGUUAUGUGUCAUCGGAUCACAUGCAAUUAACGGCGUCUCCGCCAUUCAUUCGGACAUCAUUCGUAAUGAAACGUUUAAGGAUUUUGCAGAGCUCUGGCCUCAUAAAUUCCAAAACAAAACAAACGGAAUUACCCCGCGUCGCUGGUUGAUGCUAUGCAAUCGCAAACUGGCCGAUCUGAUCUCGUCUAAGCUCGAUGAAGAUUGGAUUACGGAGUUGAGCAAGUUGGCACAGCUAAAGGGACAGGCCGAUUCCAAAGAUUUUCUUGAGAAAGCCAUGCAAGUCAAAAUGUUCAACAAACGGCGCUUAGCCACACACAUCAAAGAGGAAUACGGCAUUGAGGUUGACGUGAAUUCCAUUUUCGACGUCCAGGUGAAACGAAUUCACGAAUACAAACGUCAGCUUCUCAACUGUUUGCAUAUAAUCACUAUGUACAACACACUCCGAAAUCACCCAGGUGCUGAUAUCCAUCCACGCACCAUCAUGAUCGGUGGGAAAGCGGCUCCUGGGUACUACAUGGCCAAGUUGAUUAUCAAGUUAAUCAACAAUGUAGCCAAGGUAGUGAAUUCCAAUCCUAUCGUCAGCAAGAAGCUAAAGGUCAUCUUCCUGGAAAACUACCGCGUUUCUUUGGCCGAAAUCGUCAUUCCAGCAGCUGAUCUUUCUCAACAAAUUUCGACCGCCGGAACAGAAGCCUCUGGUACAGGGAACAUGAAAUUUAUGUUGAAUGGUGCAAUCACCAUUGGAACAAUGGAUGGUGCGAAUGUGGAGAUGUGCGAGGAGGUUGGACAAGAAAAUAUGUUCAUAUUCGGCCUAAGAGUGAAUGAAGUUAACAAACUAAGAAAGAGCGGGUAUUAUCCACAGAACUACAUAUAUAAAAUCCCGGAACUUAAAGAAGCCCUUGAACAGAUUCGUGACGGCCACUUCUCUCCGGAUCAACCAAAUUUGUUCAAGGAUAUCUAUAACUCAAUCGCCUUCGACGACCGUUACCUUCUAUGUGCUGACUUCGAGGACUAUAUGCGGGCACAGCGGGAAGUCAACGCCGUCUACAGGGACAAAAUGCGGUGGGCCAAAAUGAGUGUGCUUAACAUUAUGAGCAGCGGCAAGUUUUCAUCAGAUCGCGCAAUUGCGGAAUAUGCUUACGACAUAUGGGGAGUGAAACCAGAGCGCCACAUCGCUCUGCCACCAAGCAUCCCCAGAACGUCUGAACACAUGCCACCUGGACACAAGCGGACGUCGAUGCGGCGCAAAUCUUUGGGAGCAGAACCGAGUGGAAGACCAACGACCGAGAGCUUUUUCGAAUACAAUUACGACUGAUUCGAACAAACGCUCUGGAUUCAUUUGGUAUCCGCUUUUUCUUUUCUGACUCGUUCGUUGACUUUGGUUCGCAACUCGGUUCACACUUCGAAAUAAACUAUUUAUUUUAUCCUUGGUGGUGGAUUAAUUUCAAAGUGACAGCUUUCCUUUGUGUUCCAAUGGGUUAGUUCCUUUAGAAUACAUUGAUCUUUGG